AUGACUGAUAAGAACAACGAGACGAAUGGCAGUGGUAUACCGGGGGCUGGAGAGGCGCCCCCUCCAGAGCUAGAGGCCGGCUUUGGGAGUGAUGACAAACUUGUUGCUGGUGGUGUUAUUGAUACAGCACCCAAACGUUAUUGCUGUGAUGGUCUGACCAUUGGUGACCCUGUGGGGUGCGGGCCUGAAGUCACGGCUCAGCUAUGUCUUGACAGCACCAUGGAGAUAAGCGUCGCUAGUAAGAGUAUGUCGUCCACCAUUCUGCCGGCACGUAAUACUAUUUUCCUUGAUGGGCGAGAGAUGGGUUAUGUCCAGCUACCAGAGAUGGAUGUAGCAGGUCAUUCCACUUCGCGGUUCACUAAUAAGGGCACACUAUUCAUAACUGACAGGGCGGUCUUUGAUACCUUCGGCGAGGAUAUUAUGUUGAAGGAUGAGAUAAAAAUGAAUAUGAAGGCAAAAAUGGACGUCAAGGGUCUUGGUAUAACAUUCAAAGGUCUUAAUUUUGACAAAGCGGUGACUAUGAAUGGUUUCAAUAACUUCACUAACGUCAUGGGGAGAACUAUCAGUCCAUUACAAAUUUUCCAGCCUAGUCCUGAGUUGAAGAAGAAGUACUGGGAUGAUGUCCCUGGUGUUAUCAAUGCGCAGUUUGGGUACUCCUCUGUUCAAGUACCGAAUCCAACUGUCAUCAGCAUUCCCAAUGUCGGCAAUAUUACAGGUGAUCUCUUCUGCGAAGGUACACAAUUGGGGGUAUCGGUGGCACUGAAUGGGUUCACUCGAUGUUAG